GCUUGAUGCUAUCAGCCUCCACCGUCUUCGCGAAUUUUAGGAUGGGAAGCUUCGGCUGAUCCUUCGUGAUGGGUUGUCUGUCGCGAAAGUGCGUUCAACAGAUUCGCUCUCUCAGUUUGGUUCAAAAUCAUUUGUCGUCAACUGGAGUUUUAUAGAGGAAUGUUUUGAAGAACUAGUGAAGAGAAAAAAAUAAAUACAAAACUGUCAUUUCUAAAGAAAAAACGCAAGAAUUCCAUUAAAUAAAAAAAAGAUGCAAGGAAUUAGCUGUUCGUUAAUUUCGACACACCUGCGUCAAUUGCCGCGUUCGCAUUUUGGAGGAUACGUCCGUUUGUUCUCAUCCAAAAGCACGGAUGUGGAUAGCGAGAGUCCGAGAUUGCGUGAGUUCAGAAAAAAAUUGCGCGAACGUACUCCCAUAGAGAAAUUAGAUGAAUUAGAAGAAGGCAAGCAUCCUUAUCAAGAGAAAGAACCUUUGAAACCGUUCCCGAACAACACAAAUCCAAAAACGGGCGAAGUUGGGGGCCCUCGUGGACCGGAGCCAACUCGUUACGGCGACUGGGAAAGGAAGGGUCGUGUUACAGAUUUCUAGAAUAAUGUAUUACUUUAAAAUAAAC